AUGUCGUCACACCCCCCACCAGCCGCUCAAUCAGUAAACCCACCUUUCUCUCAACACCCCUCCUUUCCUGCGCGGACUGGCUCUGAUCAGGCGCGGGGAGACUCUCCCUCUACUUCAACCUCUCAGUCGACCUCUCACGGCCCCCAGGAACCUUCGAGUCUUCGCAGUUGUGUAACCUGUCGCCGAAGGAAGGUCCGUUGCAAUAAGCGAUGUCCGUGCUCGAACUGUGCCCGGGCUGGCAUCGAAUGCACCUAUCCCCCACCAGGCAGGGCGCCACGCAAGACAAAACGGCCGCAGGACGCAGAGUUGCUGGCUCGACUCAGACGUCUAGAGGGUGUGAUUGAGCACCUCAGUGAGAAAAACGCCGCGGCAGCGGUCCAACGUUCCCCGGAACAGCAACAGGCCAAUGUCCCCGCAGCCACGCAGGAGCGCCCUGCAUAUGUCCCACCAUCGACAGAGACGGAGGAAAACGGUGGAUGCCCGUUUAAUCUCGAUCCGAAGAAGCCCCUUCAACCGCAUAACCUACAGCAUGAGUUUGGGCGACUCGUCAUCGAUGAAGGCCGAAGCCGAUACGUGAGCAAUCGGUUCUGGGCUAGCCUGGGAGAUGAGAUCGAAGAAUUGCAGGAUAUCCUCGAUCCAUCCUCGUCUGAGGAUGAAGAUUACCCGUCGCCGGAAUCCAACUCCGCUUCCAGCCAUUCGGCGAAUCAUGAUGGGUUUCUAUUUGGCUUCUAUUCACUCUCCCACUCCCUGCGCGGCUUCCACCCUCCACCUGAGAAGGUUCUUGUAAUGUGGAACAUCUAUAUCGAGAAUGUGGCUCCACUCGUGCCCGUGAUCCAUAAGCCCUCGGCGCAGCAGCUCUUCGCAAAUGCCGCACAGUCCUUCGACUUGUUGGACAAAAACUCGGAAGCCCUCCUUUUGGCCAUGUGUCUGGUCUCGAUCAUCAGCCUGACGAAUGAGCAGUGCGUGUCUCUACUCGGCGAAGAACGCGACACGCUCGUGAGUCGGUACCGCUUCGCAGUUGAACAGGCUUUGUCCAAAGCGAAUUUCUUAAACACUCAGAACUUGACUCUCCUGCAAGCCGCUGUGAUAUUCCUCAUUGGUGUGCGCCGGGAGGACGACACAAAGUUCGUGUGGGCUAUGACUGCCCUUGUCCUUCGCCUGGCCCAAGGACUGGGUUUGCACCGAGAUGGCACGAAUUUUAGGUUGAAGCCGUUUGAAACUGAGAUGCGUCGACGGUUGUGGUGGCAUAUCUGCUUGUUGGAUAUUCGGUCAUCCGAGGAUCACGGGACGGAGUUCCAGAUCGACGAAAGGCUAUACGACACAAGACUUCCGCUCAACGUUAACGAUGACGAUCUCUCUCCAGACAUGAAGGAGCCACCGCAGGAGAGAGUAGGAUUCACAGACAUGACAUUCUGCUUGAUCCGCUGUGAUAUCACGGUCGCACUGCGACGGAUAGGCUAUGCGUGCCCGAAUAAGAAUGCUCCGGGACCUCGAGAACCGUCCCCAGAACGUUGCGGGAAAAUAAUCCAGAUGAUAAACCACCGCAUCGAGGAACGAUACCUGAAAUACUGUGAUAAUACGAUACCCAUUCAGUGGGUGUGUGCAACAGUCGGCCGUCUCAUUCUCACCAAGUUAUGGCUUGUCGUCCAUCACCCGAUGACUAGACCGUACCAAGGAAUCAAUUUGACGAAUGAAUCUCGGGAAAGCCUGUUUAAAACUUCCGUCGAGGUUACCGAGUUUUCUCGCUUAUUGACCAUGGAAAAGAACACCCAAAAGUGGAAUUGGCUCUUUGCCACGAAUAUGCAGUGGCAUGCCAUCGCUUUCGUGCUGUCAGAGCUGUGCGUUCGCCCACUAAGCCCCUUGACUGAUAGGGCUUGGAAUGUGGUAAGCUGUCUCUAUGAGGAAUGGAUGCAGACCUCGAAGCAACGAAAAGGAAUGCUUUGGCGGCCACUUGCGCGGUUGAUGAAACGCGCGUCUGCGUUCAGAGCAAAACAAGAAGAGACACGUAACCAGAUUGGAACUGGAACUGUCCCGGUGUCUUCUGGUACUCCGCCCUUCUCUCUCAGCGGCGAAGCGCCAACUAUCAUACCACCACCUCCUCUGCCGCAAUUCCCAGCGACAGACGUGACGCUAUCAGACACGAUGUCUGAGGAGAUGUCAGGCGGCCCCGCUGGUAGGGGAAUGGACUUUGACAUCCGAAAAGGACCAAUGGACUUGUUCCAGGAGCUGUUUCCUAAUGUCGAUUGGUUUUCUGUUCAGAAUCCUCAGGAUGUCCGGAUCCCCAAUCCGCCACAGACUACCAAUCCGCCAGCAACUACCGGCCUUAGUCCAUCAGAUGUCGUUGCUGAAGAGCUUAGACCUACUGCAGAACCCUCUCAAGAUCCAGCUAUGCAGCUGAAUUGGACCGAAUGGGACCAGGUCAUGCGGGACUUCCAUACAGACAUGCAAGAGGCGCAGUCGAGUUAUCCGAUGAGCACCCUGACUGGCAACGUGUUCGACUGGCUUCCUUAA